UUCAGAUAUUUUUCUCUUCCAUUACUAGCGAAGAUGUACAACGGAAUCGGCCUACAAACGCCGCGAGGCUCCGGCACCAACGGCUACAUCCAGAACAACAAGUUCUUCGUCAAGCCGAAGACGAACAAAGUCCUUGUUGACGGCGGCAAAGGUUACGAGUCCGGCCAAGGAACUGCCGGAGUGUCGAGGAAAGCCAACAAGGACAUUCUCGAACAUGACCGGAAACGGCAGAUUCAGCUCAAACUUCUCGUACUUGAGGAGAAGCUUGCCGAUCAGGGAUACACCGAUGCUGAGAUCACAGAGAAGCUUGAGGAAGCGCGAAGGAAUCUCGAGGCAACAUCUGAAGAAUUUGGAGGAUCUACCUAUGAAAAGGUUUCAGAAACACAAACACACCAGAUUGCUGCUUUGAAAGAAAAGCAAAUGGAAAACUUAAAAGCUGCUCUCAAGAUAGGGUAUGAACACGAGACUCAGAAGCAGCAGCGUGAUGAUUUAGCUCAUUUUGAAGAGGGUGAAGUUGGAGAUGACUUGGCUAAAGAGAAGGACGAGGGCAAGCGUCAUAAGAAAAAAGAGAAGAGGAGAGGACGCGAUGAUUCUUCUGACACUGACAGCAGUGAAAGCCAUGCCAAAGAGUCUAAGAAGAUCCAUAAAAAGCCUCAGACUAGUUCUGAUUCUGAUACUGCUGGUGGUAAUAAGUCAAGAAAGUUGUCUGUCAAGGACAAGAAGGUUAGAAGGCGGCAUCAAAGCGAUGAUUCAUCCUCUGAUUCUGAUUCUUAUUCAGAGUCUGAUCGUGAGAAGAAACACUUGAAAUCCCAUAGGAGACAUUCUGUGGGUGAUAAUGAUGGCCAUGAUGCAAAAACCAUUAAACUUCAACAAGGUAGAAGACAUGAUUCUGAUGAGGAUGACCAUGAGAAUGGCUGUGAUGUCAAAAACAAGAUGAUUCAGAAAGAGAAAGGACAUGUUACUGAUGGCAAAUAUGAUGAUGGCCGUGAUGCUAAAAACAAGAGGUCACAGAGAGGUAGAAGACAUGAUUAUGAUGAUGGCCGUGAUGCUAAAAACAAGAAGUCACAAAGAGGUAGAAGACACGAUUCUGAUGACGAUGAUUAUGCCAGUGAUCAUGAUGUGAAAAGCAACAAGAUUCAUGAAGGGAGAAGACAUGUUACUGAGAGCAAGUAUGAUGAUGGCCGUGAUGCUAAAAACAAGAAAUCCCAAAGAGGUAGAAGAAAGGAUUCUGAUGAUGAUGAUAAUAGUGAUCGUGAUGUAAAAAACAAGAAGAUUUCAAAAGGGCAAAGGUAUGGGUCUGAUGACAGAGGGUACGGUGAAGGCUAUAAUGCAAAUAAGAAUAAGACUCAAAAAAGUAAACAACACAAUUCUGAUAAGGACGAAGGUGAAAUCAGCAGUAGUGACUAUUCUCAUGGCAUUAGUGAUUCAGACAGUGAGAGAAGUUAUCGUAGGCAGAAGGCUGUAGAUAGGACCAAGUCUGAGAAGAACAAUAGAAGUGGCCGUGGAGAUGAUUUUGCUGGUAGGUGGGAGAGUUCGGUUGCGAAAGAUAGGACAUUUCAGGAGGUUGAUUUGAAAAAGACCAAAGGUGCACAAGUUCUUGAUAAAGGACUGGACACGUUGAAGAAGUUGGAGAAGUUGUAUCAAUCAAAGGAAGAUGUAAUUGGUGGAUCAAGUGCUAGUCAGGAGUUGUUGCGGGGUAAGAGAAAACUAGAUGAUGAAAGCCUGGAUCAACGAGAGGGGAAGUCAAGGAGGAGGGAUUCCAGUAAAGACGAAAAGUAUGGAAAGGUUGAUACUGAAGCUGAGAACCAAAAUAGGUCAUACAGGAGUACGGAGGAUAGGAGUAAAGAUCAACAAACAAGAAGAUCUGGCGGAGAAUAUAAAGGUGAUGACGGAGAGCGUGACAAUAAAAUUCAGAGUGGAAACGAGCUGCAGCAUGAAAGCCAACGUGAGAAUCGAGAUUAUGAAGUACGUGGACAGGAGAGAAGAGAAAAUAGGGAUGAUGACCGCAGAGAAAGGAAACACAAAAGAGAUGAAGAGGAAGAUCAGUACCGGAAGCAUGAGAAAGAAGGGGACUCUCAGCGUGGAAGGCAUGAACAGGAGGAGGAGCAUAGAAGCAGACUGCGUGAUAGUUACAGAGGUCAUGAUUCAUACAAGAGGGCUAGACAUGAUGAUUCACAUUGUAGUGGAAGGAGAAGAUAUGAAGAUGACAAGUAUGCUGAUAGGCAGACUAGGCGGUGAAAGCUGCUUUAGAUUUUGUGCCAUGCCAGAAGAUCAAGAGUUUCGGCAGCUCAGUGGAGGGGAAAUAGUGGCUGAUGUUCGGAAAACAAGCAUAAAGAGGCAAAGCUUGGUUACCUGUCUAGUAUCAUAUGUAGGAAUGUGAGCUUAUGUGGGGUUGGGGUUGGGGGUUUAGUUCUCGAAAAUACUCUGAAGUGUAGCUAAAUGGGAUUUGCCUGAUGACCCUGAAAUUGUUGUGCAAGAGUUGGCUGUAAUAAGUUUCUCUUUUGUCGUCA